AAAACAUUAAGGGUGUAAAUGAAAUAAAGCCUAAAGGCCCACACAUCUUACAUCAACACUAGCUUUCUCUCUCUUAACUCUCUCGAACCUUUCAGAGACAGAAAGUUAGAUAUUCUCUUUUGCUUUCCGAUCUUUGAUCGGAGUAGUCUUUUGGUUUAAAUCUCUGUUCUUGCGUCGGCUAUCUUCCCCGACGUAGUUUUUUGUUUUCCGAUUUGAUCGGAUUUAUAUUUCUCUCUUUCUCAGUUCUGUCUUUAGUUUGGUUUUUGUUAUCUUUUCUACUGGUUUUAUUUUGAUCCUGAUUGCAAUUAAUAGAUCUCCUUCGAUGUACCCGUCUGCUUAACUCCUUUCUCUAAGUUGGAAUAAUAUCUUCGUCGACAUGCUUCUUAUGAAGUUGACCUUGUUAGGUCUCAAGACGGAGCCUCCUCUACGAGUUUUGAGUUGAGAAGUUCAAGGCGGAAGUGGUGGGUUUCAUCUAUUUUGCAUCAGCGAUAUCUGUAGAAGAGAUUUGGUGAUGGAUUAUUGAAGCCUAUCGUCGGAUCUGAAGCAGAUCGUGGAUCUCGAGCACCGACUGUUCUCUCCUUCUCGUGUGUUCUGCAUCUAUCAUCUUGUAACACGUGGCACUUUUCCUUCUUAAUCUUAUCUUUUUAGAUUAGAUUAAGCGAUGUUAAUUUUAAAUUAAGGUUUUAAAAGGAGGAAUUUGGGCUUCUGUAUUUUCAUCACAUGUAUUGUCCUUUGGGCUUUUUAAUAAAUAUGUUGGCCGACAAAAAAAAAAUGGAAUAAAGCCUAUAAAUUUACUAGGUUUGGUGAUGUGGCAUUCACCGUAUAUUAAGCAAUGCCUGCGUAACACGUAUGCAAAAACCCAUAUGUGUGCACGCACCUGUGAAGUGUUCCAAUUACAAAUCAAAAGCUAAGUGAGUGAGAAGAGACACACUGACACGAAAAUUCAGUUUGAUAUCGGCAAUUCCCAGAUUUUACUCUUUGGCGGUGACUCAUUUCUUACGCGCGAGUGUUGUGUACGCGCGAGCCUUCAUGGAGGCUACGGCGGCGUCAGUAGAAGCGUCGAUGGUGUUUCCUGGGUUUAAGUUUUCGCCGACUGAUGUUGAGCUGAUUUCGUAUUACUUGAAGCGGAAGAUGGAUGGCUUGGAGAGGUCCGUUGAGGUUAUACCGGACGCUGAGAUUUACAAUUUCGAGCCUUGGGAUUUGCCCGAUAAGUCGAUUGUGAAAUCUGAUAGCGAGUGGUUCUUCUUCUGUGCCCGUGGGAAAAAGUAUCCACAUGGGUCACAGAACAGGAGAGCAACGAAGAUGGGAUAUUGGAAAGCAACUGGGAAAGAGCGUGAUGUGAAGUCUGGUUCUGAGGUCAUUGGAACAAAGAGGACGCUUGUUUUCCAUAUUGGUCGUGCACCAAAAGGUGAAAGAACUGACUGGAUUAUGCACGAGUACUGCAUGAAAGGAGUUUCUCUGGAUGAUGCUAUGGUUGUUUGCCGGGUUAAGAGGAACAAAGAAUAUCAAAGUGGUAUGAGUCAGAAGGCACCCGAGCCAAAAUUAGCACCCGAGAAGCACGCCAUCUUGCAAAAUGGUGCUACUAGUUCAGGGAGCCCGUCUGAUUGGGACAACUUGGUUGAUUUUUACCUAGCAGGUGAAUCAGGGGAGAAACUGCUCUGGGAGAUGGCACAAUCAUCAGAAAAUCUACAGGUGCAUAAUGACGAGGAUUUCUUUGCGGAUAUCCUAAGAGACGAAAUCAUCAAUCUUGAUGAAGCGGUGAUGAGGGGGAACACACGAGACGAAAUCCCAACACUAGAAUCAGCAUCAAUGGAGAUAAGGGUACUUCCCUUACCAAACAUGAUAGACAAACAAAUGUCAUCACUGUUAGAGGAAAGACCAUCACAAAAGAUGGAAGGAACAGAUACCAUGGAAUCAUUGUCGAACUGCUUCGUGGGUUUAUACUCGAUCAAGUCAGUGAACCGAGCACGAUGGAAUGUUAUUAUAUGUUUAGUAGCUCUGAUAGCAAUGUUGUUUUAUCUAGAAGAAUAAUGUUUAUGGAAGUAGAAGAAACCAGUGUCCUCCUGAGUCCUAUGUUUGCAUCUUCUGGGACAAAAAUAUAUAUGAUGUUUUCGUGUAAGAGGUUUAUACGUUUUUUGUGUUUAAUGUU